CUUCUAUAAAAAAGAAGAUUAUAACCAAAUUAUGUCAGGAGGAUCUUAUAGAAGUAGUAGUCAUGAUGAUAAUUCCUUUGAGGUGUUUCUAGAAGGUUGGUUAAUUAGACAAGAACAAUUUCUAAAUGAACUUGUUGUAGCACAAGAUACUUUUGAUGAUCAAGAAUCACAAGAAAAUGAUAUGGGAGACCUUAUUUCUAGAGUUUUAGCUCAUUAUCAAGAAUAUUAUGAAGAAAAAUCAAGAAUGACUCAUAGGAAUGUUUUCAGAGCCUUUUCACCUACUUGGUUCUCUCCACUUGAAAGAAGCUUCUUAUGGAUCACCGGGUUCAAUCCCGGCUUAAUAUUCAAUCUGGUAACUGAUUCCGUAAACAAUUUGAGUGAACAUCAAGUUCAAAGGCUCAACUGGUUGAAACACGAGACAAAGGCUGAAGAAAGGUCCCUAACGGAAGAGAUGGCACAAAUCCAAGAGAGCGUGGCCUCACCACCAUUGGCGGAUCUAGCACGUCGAGUAGGAAUGCAACUUAUAUACACUGACAGUAUAAACACAGAGAUCGAGGAGGUUGAUGGAAACAUAGACCAAUUGAAGAUGGCAUUGGAGAAUGUGGUGACGGAUGCUGAUAGGUUAAGGACAAGAACAGCUGAAAGAGUUGUAGGAUUACUUAAUCCUUUGCAAAGUUUGAAGUUUUUGAGUGCUGUAGGUCAACUUCAAUUGAGGGUAAGGAUGAUGGGAAUGGAAAGAGAAGCUGAGAGACAACAACAAAGAAAUGAACAUUCAAAUGGAUGGUAAACUACUUCAAGGUAGUACCUGGUUGUUCGAACUCUUCAAAAAUAUAUAUUGUUGAGUCUAAUAAUAUUUUUGAAGAAUCUGAACGAGUUAGUUUUAAGAUUUUUGAAUAUUUUGUUGUAGUAGUUUCUAGAAAACUAAAGGUUGUGUAAUAAAUAAUUAGUGUGAGCUUGAGAAAAAAAUGCUUUGGUGUAAGACCUCAUGAGACAUGUGAUUUUUGCUUA